AUGGCCGUCGGACUCGGAGAGACUAUUACUGUGAUUAACAAGAGUGGGAAGGUAGUGAGCAGUAGCAAGCACAUUGUCAACGUCUUCAAGGAGGCCAAGGCCGCCUACCGCGAGCGCAAAGCCGAAAUCAAGGCUGAGCGCGAUGCCGUCGUGAAGGAGAGGGAGGUCGCCAAGAAGGCCCUCCGCGCUGCCGACGACGACGACGCCCGCUCCCAGGUCUCGCACCGCUCCAAGGCUUCCAAAGCCCACACCCACCGCAAGCAUGACCGGCCAACCAUGGAGCGCGGCUACAGCGACAGCUUCUAUGCCAACGACAGCCCGCGGAGCAGCAAACACCGCCUCGAAAAUGACCUCGGCGGACACGAUGCGCACAACAAGGAGAUUGCGAGGAGGAAUUCCGACCAGGCCGUCCAGCGUUCGUCCCAAAGCAAGUCGCGAUCCAAGUCAGUCGACAUGGACCUUUGCUACGGCGACGUGCCCCCGCCCCUGCCCGAAAAGAAGUAUGACGACCUCGAGCUCAAAGAGAAGGCUUCCAAGAUCGAGAUGCUCCUAGACGAGGCCAACUGUCUCCAACAUACCGCCACCGCCAUGAUCGAGAACCUGCAAAAGAACCCUGAGGCCCUUGCCGCCGUAUCCCUCACACUCGCCGAGAUCAGUGCCAUCGUGGGCAAGAUGGGUCCCGGUGUGCUUACUGCGCUCAAGGGCAGCUUCCCCGCCGUAGCUGCUCUACUCCUCAGCCCACAGUUCAUGAUCGCUGGAGGUGUCGCUGUCGGUGUCACCAUCGUCGCGCUCGGUGGAUACAAGAUCAUCAAGAAGAUGCAGGCACAGCCUGCGGUCGAGGAGCCAAUGCCUGCCGCGCCUCAAAUGCCUUUGCCUGUUCGUGCCGCCACCAUGCCGCUGCCCAUCGAAGAUUCCAACAACGAGCUCGACGAGCUGGAACCCCAGGAACUAAGUCGUGUGGAGAAGUGGCGUCGUGGCAUCGCAGACGUCGAGGCCAACAGCUCCGGCACCAGCGUCGACGGCGAGUUCAUCACACCCGAGGCAUCACGCACCCUUGUCGCAGCUGGCGUUCUUGAUGAAGAUGACCUCAAGUCCCGUCGCAGCACCAGAUCCAAGAGGACCAGCGACUCGAAACACAGGGAGCACAAGUCGCAUCGUGCACCAAAGUCUGACUUCAGCGUCAAGACUAGCAAGACCUCUGACAGCAAACGUCAUUCUAGCAAGGAAAAGUCCAGCAAGGAAAAGGUCCCCUCCAGCAAAGUCGCUCCCAGCGUCUCAAGCAAAUCCGGCAAAGAAAGCAGCAAGUCCAAGAAGAAGGAAAAAGAGCCUUCGGGUCUGAAGAUGUUGUUCCGCGCUCACACCGUUGCCGUUUAG